AUGGCGAGGCACGUCCACCUCGUGCAGCGGGUGCGGCAGCAACAGCCUCCGCACCAGAAAUGCAAGGGCGUGGAGAACAUCGUCAAGUGGCACGUCAUCAAGGCGCUCAAGGCCAACCGCCGCACCGGGGUCGCCCUCGUCCGCCUCCUUUUACAUGACUGCUUCAUCAGGGGCUGCGACGGCUCUGUCCUCCUAGACAUCUCCUACGAGAACCCUCACCCGGAGAAGGAGGCACCAGUUAACAUUGGCCUCGCUGCCUUUGACCUCCAGGAGGAGAUCAAGGCCUCCGUCGAGAAGAGGUGCCCAAAGGUCAUCUCCCAUUCCAACCUCCUCAUCUACGCCGUGUGCGACGCGGCCAGCAUCCUCAGCAAUGGCCGCAUUGUUGGUGAUAUGCCCUAG